UACUGAGAAAAAAAUCCCGCCAGCGCGAAACAGAUGGGAAGGCAUCCGCGGAAUUUGCGACCGUUACCGUCCAGUGAAUAACCGUCAAAACUUAACGGACACCGACAAGAAGUUGAGCUCGUCCGGAAGACUUCUGGACUGAGAACUUGAGGACAUUUCACGCUUAUUCACGACUGGAAAAGGGCAGGUGGGCCAUGCCAUUCGGCUGUUUAAAACCUGGGGAGAAGAAGGACUACAACAGUCCUACAGAAAUCACAGACAAAUAUGAUCUGGGGCAAAUUGUCAAAUCGGAGGAGUUCUGUGAGAUAUUCAGGGCAAAAGAUAAAAACACGCUGAAAAUGUACACCUGCAAAAAAUUCCUGAAGAAAGAUGGAAGAAAGGUGCGGAAGGCUGCCAAAAAUGAGAUUGUCAUCCUAAAGAUGGUCAAACACCCCAACAUCCUCCAGCUGGUGGAUGUAUAUGAGACCCGGAAAGAGUACUACCUCUUCUUGGAGCUAGCCACAGGACGGGAGGUGUUCGACUGGAUUCUGGAUCAAGGCUAUUAUUCUGAGAGGGACACCAGUAAUGUUAUCAGACAGGUGAUGGAGGCGGUGGCAUACCUGCACAGCCUGAAGAUCGUCCACAGGAACCUGAAGCUUGAGAAUCUGGUGUACUACAACCGACUGAAACAUUCGAAAAUAGUCAUCAGCGAUUUCCAUCUGGCAAAACUGGAGAAUGGACUCAUCAAGGAGCCCUGUGGAACCCCUGAGUAUCUGGCCCCAGAGGUUGUUGGGAGGCAGAGAUAUGGUCGACCUGUGGACUGCUGGGCUCUUGGUGUGAUCAUGUACAUACUGCUCUCUGGAAAUCCUCCAUUCUAUGAUGAAGCAGAUGAUGAUGACUAUGAAAACCAUGACAAAAACCUCUUCCGGAAGAUUCUAGCUGGAGACUAUGAGUUUGACUCACCAUACUGGGAUGAAAUCUCAGACUCUGCUAAAAACUUAGUGUCACGUCUUAUGGAGGUGGACCAGGACCAGAGACUGACUGCACAAGAAGCCAUUAACCAUGAAUGGAUAUCUGGAAAUGCUGCAUCAGACAAGAACAUCAAGGAAAACGUGUGCGCUCAAAUUGAGAAGAAUUUCGCCAAAGCAAAGUGGAAGAAAGCAGUGCGGGUCACGACCAUGAUGAAACGUCUCCGGGCACCAGAGCAUCAGACAGCAGCAGCAGCACCAGCAGCAGAAGCUGCCGCAGCAUCUCCCAGUGAUGCCAAUCCUGCAGCAGGAGCUCAGGAAACCCCUCAGGCUGCAUCAGAGGCCUCCACAGCCCCGUCCAGUACUGCUGAAAGCCUCUCGGCAAGCAUAGAAGCCCCUGCCGUGGAAGCUGCCAAUGCAGAAGCAUCGAGCGCAGUCGUUCAGCCGCCAGCUGAACCUGUUGUCCACAUCCCAGAGCCCGAACAGCCCGUUCCCACGUCACGAUGCAACGGAGAGGCUUCAGCUUUGGACACAGUGGAGGAACAGAGCGGCUAAUCUUGCUAAUUCUCCCACCCUGGGUUAGACCCGCACACACAUUGUACAUAAGCAGCAAGCAUGCUAAUACUGAUGAUUCUGCAGCACAUAGCAUUAAUCUGACCACACUCUCUCACGAGCCGACAAUUUCCCAGCAUACAUCUGUUUUCUAUUGAAUCAAAGCUGUGUGAAGCGAAGGCUCCAGCCACUUUAUGUAAAAGAAGAAAAAAAGCUGUUUUCUGCUUACAUUAAGCCAAGAUUGGAAACUCUAGCACUGAUCUGCUACAUGUUUUAGGGUAGAUUUAUCAUUUUAUAAAGUUACUGUUUAUUUUAUUUGCAUCGCAGCUCGAGGACACAGAAACACAGCUUCAUGCGAAAUGUAAAGUUUCUGUAAAUAGCUUCUUAACUUCUGGAGAUUAGACGUAGCCAAGAACAGCAUGCUUUUUCAGAUCUGCUGUUUACGACACAUGUCCGGCUUCAGCUUUACUUUUCAUUAUCAAACACAUGCUCAUGAAAUGUCAGGAUUUACGUGCACAGCGCUUCUGCAGCAACUAAAGCGGCUCAAUUCAUCUCGUGAUGGUGUUUCAGUGGUUGAGACAUGUGGCCCAAUAAACGGAGCAGAGCAGGUAACGUUAAUACUGUAGAUCUGCUUGGUAGCUAGCCACAUGGACAGUGGAAAACGUAUCUGUUCUUAUAAUGUAAUAUAGACUCAUUUACAUACAUUGUACAUGCUUUAAUAAGAUACAUGUCCCUUUUAAAAAUACACAACUACACUAUUUUGAACAGGAUUUCACGAGGCUUUAUUGCACAUGCCUUGUGUUAGGUUAAAUAUACUCUUAAUCAUCAUAAAACUACUUAAAUUUGAAUACUUCCCUUUACUAAACUGAUGAAA